AUGCUACGACGGCAUUUGCCGGUUCUUCAUGUUGAAGAUUCCCACCAUCCCUCCAUGCGUACCUCGUCAACAUUGUGUUCCUUCAUCUAACCUUUUGCGCAAACAAAAAAAUUUCGAGACGACUUGUGCUCGUUGUCAUGGCUCUGUUCCCCCGACGGACCCGGAUGUGAACUGCUCGGACACCGUCGCUUUCGUAUGCGUUUGACCUGCUAGCCGACACCUGCGACACUCGCACCCUCCGAGCCCUCGUACGCCGCCGUCCACCGCUGUGGGCGUAUCAUGCGCGCACGCACGGGACAGACCAGAUGGUCUGACCCGGAUCCUCCGCCGACGAUCAACUUCGCGUUGAUCUCGCUAUCAAUUCCAUGUCAGCCACAGGCCCAUCCGAACCGCUGCUCUCACGAUACAUAUACACAUGAGCGCGUCUGGCGAUCUUGCUUCCGCCCACCACCACGAAAUCCACCGCCAUGUCCUCCGGCGGCAGCAGCGUGCUGAAGUCCCCCGUGUCCGACCGCGCGCCCAAGUUCUCUGAGGGCCGUGAUGAGGACCUGCUCGCGCGCCUGGGAUACAAGCAGGAGUUCAAGCGCGACUUCAAGAGGCUGGAGCUCUUCGGACUCUCGUUCACCAUCGUGGGGGUGGUCCAGUCCAUCGCUGCCGUUCUGCUUUACUCUAUACCCUAUGGCGGUCUAGCAUCCAUGAUAUGGGGUUGGUUCACCUGCUCGAUAUUCCUCAUCAUCGUCGGUCUAGCCAUGGCAGAACUUGGGUCAUCUGCACCCACGGCAGGUGGACUCUAUUACUGGACCUUCAAGUUCUCCUCCCCCGCCACACGCAAGCUCAUGUCCUGGCUCGUCGGAUACGUCAACACGGCUGCCUACAUAGCCGGCGUGGCAAGCGUCGACUGGGGAUGUGCCACCCAGAUUAUGGCCGCCGCCACCAUAGGUUCGGAUAUGACUUUCGAGCCCACAAACGCGCAGACGUACGGUGUAUACGCCGCCCUCUUGAUAUUGCACGCAAUCAUGGCUAGUCUGGCGACUAAGGUCAUUGCGAAGCUGCAAUAUUUCUAUGUUUUCUUGAACAUUGCGCUGUUUUUGGCAGUCAUUAUCGCCCUUCCGGCCACAACGCCGAAAGACAUGGUCAAUACUGCGAAGUACGCUUUCACGCAUUGGGAGAAUAUGUCUGGCUGGCCGAACGGGUUCGCAUUCAUACUGAGUUUCCUCGCUCCUGCUUGGACCGUCGCGGGCUUUGAUACGAGCGUACACAUCAGCGAGGAGGCGCAGAACGCCCCGCGCGCUGUGCCUUUCGCAAUUAUGUGCACUGUCGUGCUUGCUUCGACGCUUGGGUGGAUCGUUAACAUUGUCCUCGCUUUCCACAUUGGACAGGACUUAGAAUCAGUUGUUGGGAAUCCGAUCGGUCAGCCCAUGGCUACAAUUUUCUUCAGCAGCGUCGGCAAGACAGGUACCCUCGACAUUUGGGCCUUCAUGAUCAUCACUCUAUAUAUGACUGGGAUGGAUUAUCUCAUAGCUGGCUCUCGCCAAAUCUUCGCCUUCUCCCGCGACCAUGGCCUCCCCUUCUCCGGCCUCCUCUACAACAUGAAUCCACGAACGAAAACGCCUGUUCACGCCGUCUGCUUCGUUGCUUUAUUCGCGCUCUUGCUCGGUCUCAUUUCUUUCGCUGGUUCCGUGGCUAUCACUGCGGUGUUUACGAUGAGUGUGGUUUGCCAGUACAUUGGAUUUACGAUCCCCAUCGUAGCGCGAUGGGUGGGUGGCACGAAAUUUGUGCCGGGGCCAUUUUCAUUGGGAAAAUUGAGCCUUCCUAUAUCGACGAUUGCAGCCUCCUACAUGACCUUCAUGAUUGUCGUCUUCCUCUUCCCCGCCGACCCCGCGCCCGACGCGCCUACGAUGAACUACACAGUCGUCGUUGUAGGCGGCGUCAUCUUGCUUUCGCUCGGCUACUACUAUUUGCCCGUCUAUGGCGGCACCCACUGGUUCACGGGCCCAGUCGCGACCAUCGAGAACCACGGACCAGACUUCCACGACCACGACGACGCGGAGAAGAAGGGGGAGCUCGAGAAGCAGGAGCAGGCCGAUAUGAAGGGCGAGGCUGACACGAAGGACGAGGCUCAGGACGCGGAGGUGAAGGUCGAUUCGGCGCGGUGACGAGUCCCAGGGCGAUGGUACCCCUGGUGUACGUCCCUCUCUCCCAGCUUGCCCCCUGCUGGCGUGCCGUGAGAGUUCACCGCAG